AUGUCAAAAGGUGAAAAGAAAGCAAGAAAAGCUCUUGAAAAAGUCGGACUUGUUGAAGUUCAUGAUGUUAUUGAAUUCUCACUUAAGAGAAUGGGAACUAAAUUUGUUAUUCAUGAUCCAGCUGUCUAUAAACUCCCAUCAAGUGAACAUUAUGUCAUUUAUGGUGAACCAAAGAAUGAAUUCAUGGAUGCUAAAACUAGACAACUCCUUGAACAACUCCAAGCUAACAUGAAAGAACAACAAGCCAAUAAUGAAGAAAGAAGAAAGAAGAACCAGCCGCUGAAACUGAGGCACCAGCUGCUACUGAAGCUGUUGAAGAUAAUGGAUAUGUUCCAGCUGAAGAAGAUGUUAAAGUUCUUAUGGCACAAGCUAAUACCACACACGAAAAAGCAUACGCUGCUCUUAAGAAAACUAAAGGUGAUCUUGUUACUGCCUUCUUUGAAUUCCAAUAAUCGAAAUUUUUGA